CAGCUGGAGGAAAUAUUCCAGGCUGAGGCAGAAAUUAUGAAUAAAUAAAGUUAAUUUCAUGUCUUCAUUGUAGCUAUAAAAUACCACAAGGCUAUGAUGGGAUUAUUUAGAGAACGAUAAAACAAUAUUUGUAUCCAUUAUAGAAGAUUAUAUUCAAACCACAAGUAGUCAAGGAACGCUCAAACAUCUAUCUGCAGGUAAUGAUGAUGAUGAUGGUGUUAGAUCACAUGGAAGCUGCCAUCUAACUCACCUGCUGAGAGGAUAAUCAGUUCAAAAUGUCAUUUUUAGUUCAAACAGAUGACAGAAUUAAAAUAACCGCAUGGAUUCAGAUUAUUAUGAACUGAUUGUUUGGCUGCAGAAACCUCCAGGGAGCAACAGUAUCAGAUUUGAGGUUGAUUAGUUGGUGAAGAGUUGAUUAUUCAGAAUCAUGUCCACUUUUGCAACGUCUUUAAUUCUGUACUUUCUCAAUAACCAACACUAACCUUUAAAAACAAAAUGAACUCACCAAUAUCGCGAUAUUUUCGGUUCAGUCGAUAAAUAUCAGCAAACCGAUAAUAAAUCACUUCUGUGCUGGAGGAUCUUAAACCAGAAGAAGAAUCAGGACUGAAGCACCGGACACGGUGUCCCACCCCCCUGCUCCUCCCUCAGAUGAAUGAACAUGUCGGACCGGAGCGCCCCGGGCUGCCGGCUCAGACUGGACUGGGUCUACGGGUACCGGGGCCACCAGUGCCGGAAUAACCUGUACUACACCGCCGGGAAGGAGGUGGUGUACUUUGUGGCCGGGGUCGGCGUUGUUUACAACACCAGAGAGCACAGCCAGAGGUUUUACCUGGGACACAAUGACGACAUCAUCAGCCUGGCCUUGCACCCGGAGCGCUCCGUGGUGGCGACCGGUCAGGUGGGCAAGGAUCCCUACGUGUGUGUGUGGGACUCCUUCACCGUCCAGACCGUCUCUCUGCUCCGUGACGGACACACGCAUGGCAUCGCCUGCCUCGCUUUCAGCGCUGAUGGACAGCGGUUAGCCUCGGUUGGCCUUGAUGCCAAGAACACAGUGUGUAUCUGGGAAUGGAAGAGAGGGAAGAUCCUGGCUACAGCCACCGGACACUCAGACAGGAUCUUUGAUAUCUGCUGGGAUCCAUUUCAGCAGAACCGUCUGGUGAGCUGCGGGGUCAAACACAUCAAGUUCUGGUCCAUGUGUGGUAACGCUCUCACUCCAAAGAGGGGGAUUUUCGGGAAGACGGGCGACUUGCAGACCAUCCUGUGUGUUGCAUCGGCCAAAGAUGACACCACAUACUCCGGGGCGCUCAACGGGGACAUUUAUGUUUGGAAGGGACUCAACCUGAUACGAACCAUUCAGGCCGCCCACGGGGCUGGUAUCUUCAGCAUGUAUUCCUGUGAGGAGGGUUUUGCCACGGGAGGCAGAGACGGCUGUGUCCGACUGUGGGACGUCGACUUCAAACCGAUUACCAAGAUUGACCUGCGAGAGGCCGAGCAGGGAUACAAAGGUCUGUCUAUUCGUAGCGUCUGCUGGCGAGCCGACCGGAUCCUGGCAGGAACUCAGGACAGCGAGAUCUUUGAGGUAAUGGUGAGGGAUCGGGACAAGCCCCUACUGAUCAUGCAGGGACACAGCGAGGGCGAACUCUGGGCACUGGACGUUCAUCCCAAGAAACCAUUGGCUGUCACCGGCAGCGACGACCGCUCCGUCAGGCUAUGGAGUCUCGUGGAUCACGCCCUCAUCGCUCGCUGUAACAUGGAGGAGGCGGUGCGGAGCGUGGCGUUCAGCGUGGACGGAUACCAGCUGGCUUUGGGCAUGAAGGAUGGAUCCUUCACUGUGCUGAGAGUCAGAGACAUGACGGAGGUUGUUCACAUCAAAGACAGAAAGGAGGUGAUCCAUGAGAUGAAGUUUUCUCCAGACGGAGCGUACCUUGCUGUCGGCUCCAACGACGGACUUGUGGACAUCUACGCUGUCGCCCAGAGAUACAAGAAGGUAGGAGAGUGCAGUAAAUCCACCAGUUUCAUCACACAUCUGGACUGGUCUCUGGACAGCAAAAUCCUGCAGACCAAUGAUGGAGCUGGAGAACGUAUCUUCUACCGAAUGCCCAUGGGGAAGCCGGUUAUCAGUAAGGAGGAAGUGAAAGGUCAGUGCUGGGCAUCCUGGAGCGGUGUCCUGGGCUCAGAAGUCAGCGGCAUCUGGCCGAAAUACUCUAAUCUGACAGAGAUCAAUGCUGUGGAUGCCAAUCACGCUGCUGCCGUGCUCGUUACCGGAGACGACCUCGGCCUCGUUAAGCUCUACCGCUUCCCCUGUCUGAGGAAAGGAGCCAAAUUUAAGAAGUACAUUGGUCACUCAGCCCAUGUGACAAACGUCCGCUGGUCACAUGACCUGCAGUGGGUGCUGACGACGGGUGGUGCUGACCACGCCCUCUUCCAGUGGAGGUUUAUACCAGAAACGGUCAUGAACGGAGGACUGGAUCUCAACAUACAAGACAGCCACGGGGACUCCAACAGCGAAGAGUCGGACAGCGAUGUGUCAGAUGUGCCGGAGCUCGACUCCGACAUUGAGCAGGAAACACAGAUCAACUAUGACAGACAGGUGUAUAAAGAAGACCUGCCUCAGUUGAGACAGCAGAGCAGAGAGAAGAAACAGCAGGUCGGAUCUCUGAAGAGACAAAGAGGACCAGACCAAGGCCUCCGGCUGCAGUUUGUGCACGGGUACCGUGGUUACGACUGCAGGAACAACCUGUUCUACACUCAGGGCGGGGAGGUGUUGUACCACGUGGCGGCGGUAGGCGUGGUCUACAACCGACAGCUGCACAGCCAGCGCUUCUACCUCGGUCACGACGACGACAUCCUGAGCCUCAGCAUCCACCCGCUGAAGGACUAUGCUGCUACGGGACAGGUGGGGAGGGACCCAGCCAUCCAUGUGUGGGACAUCCAAACUCUGAAGUGUCUCUCUUUGCUGAAAGGUUUCCACCAGAGAGGAGUGUGUGCUCUGGACUUCUCAGCUGAUGGAAAGAGUCUGGUGUCAGUGGGAGUCGAUGACGGACAUUCGAUUGUGGUCUGGGACUGGAAGAGGGGAGAGAAACUCGCUACUGCCAGGGGUCAUAAAGAGAAGAUAUUUGUGGUGAAGUGUAAUCCCAUGCUGAUGGACAAACUGGUCACAGUGGGAAUCAAACACAUCCAGUUCUGGCAACACGCAGGUGGCGGUCUGACCUUCAGGCGUGGUGCAUUCAGGAGCAUCGGCCGUCCGGAGACGAUGAUGUCGGUGUGUUAUGGUCGCAGCGAGGCGCUUGUGUUCUCCGGCGCCGCCACAGGAGACGUUUACAUCUGGAAAGAACCGAUGCUGCUGAAAACAGUCAAAGCCCACGAUGGACCCGUGUUCGCCAUGUUCUCCCUCGACAAGGGUUUUGUGACGGGUGGGAAGGACGGCGUGGUGGAGCUUUGGGACGACAUGUUUGACCGCUGUCUGAAGACGUACGCCAUCAAGAGAGCAGCGCUUUCCCCGGGCUCGAAAGGCCUGCUGCUGGAAGACAACCCGUCCAUCAGAGCCAUCACUCUGGGUCAUGGUCACAUCCUGGUGGGAACAAAAAACGGUGAAGUUCUGGAGAUCGACAAGACCGGACCAAUGACACUGCUGGUGCAGGGUCAUAUGGAAGGUGAGGUUUGGGGUCUGGCCUCUCACCCUCUCCUCCCCGUCUGUGCCACCGUCAGCGACGAUAAAACCCUGCGACUGUGGGAGACAUCAGCCAAUCACCGCAUGGUGGCCGUCCGCAAACUGAAGAGAGGUGGUCGGUGCUGUGCCUUUUCUCCUGACGGGAAGGCGUUGGCAGUCGGUCUGAGCGAUGGCGGCGUGCUGGUGGUGAACGCUGACACGCUGGAGGAUCUGCUGAGUUUCCAUCACCGACGUGACGCCAUCUCUGACGUCUGCUUCACUCCAGACUCCGGUAAAUUCCUGGCUGUGGCGUCACACGACAGCUUCGUGGACAUCUACAACGUGCUGAGCAGCAAGAGAGUGGGCAUCUGUAAAGGAGCGUCGAGCUACAUCACACACAUCGACUGGGACGCUCGAGGUAAACUGCUGCAGGUGAACACAGGAGCCAAGGAGCAACUUUUCUUCGAGGCCCCGAGAGGAAAAAGACAAACUAUCAGAAACUCUGAGUUGGAGCGGAUUGAGUGGUCCAGUUGGACGUGUGUUUUAGGUUCAAGCUGCGAGGGAAUCUGGCCGACGCACAGCGACAUCACCGACAUAAACGCCGCCUCGCUCACCAGAGAUCGAACACUGCUUGCCACCGGAGACGAUUUCGGCUUCCUCAAACUGUUCAGCUACCCUGUUCGAGGUCAGUACGCUCGUUUUAAGCGCUACGUUGGCCACAGCGCCCAGGUGACCAACGUCCGCUGGGCUCAGGACGACUCCACCCUGCUGACGGUUGGCGGGGCCGACACCGCCCUGAUGAUCUGGGUGAGGGAGCGAGGAGGCGGCGUCGGUGGAGAGGGGGAUGGAAUUUUGUGUCGUGACAACCGACCGCCCGUGGACAGCGAGGAGUCGGACGACGACAUCGAGGAGGAUGGAGGCUACGACAGUGACGUCGCACGGGAGAAGACCGUGGAUUACACCACAAAGAUGUACGCUGUCAGCAUGAGAGAGAUGACGGGAACCAAACCUCACCAACAGCUGAAGGAGCUGUCUGCUGAGGAGAGCCGCGUCACUGAAUUGUACACAGAGUGGGAGCAGGGCAUUGUCAAGCCUCCAGUGAGUCGAGCAGCACCUCACCCAGAGAAACUCCAGAAGAACAACGUCUCCAAGAAGAAGAGACUGGUCGAGGACCUGGUUUUGGAUCACGUGUUCGGUUUCCGGGGCUUCGAUUGUCGUAACAACCUGCACUACCUCAACGACGGCACAGACAUCGUCUUCCACACUGCCGCCACUGCCAUUGUCCACAGUCUCAGCAACGGAACUCAGAGUUUCUACCUGGAACACACCGAUGACAUCCUCUCUUUGACCGUCAAUCAGCACCCCAAAUACAAAAACGUCAUCGCCACAGGACAGAUCGGUGACGUCAGUGAACUCCCAGGCACCACUCCUUCGAUCCACGUGUGGGAUGCGAUGAGUAAACAGACUCUGUCCAUCCUUCGCUGUCCUCACACUAAAGGCGUCGGCUACGUCAACUUCAGCGCCACAGGGAAGCUGCUGCUGUCUGUCGGAGUGGAACCCGAACACACCAUCACUGUGUGGCGCUGGCAGGAAGGAUCCAAGGUGUGCAGUAAAGCCGGACACCCAGACCGGAUCUUCGUGGUGGAGUUUCGUCCAGACUCUGACUCCCAGUUUGUGUCAGUGGGAAUCAAACACGUAAAGUUCUGGACACUAGCCGGCGGCGCUCUGAUGUACAAGAAGGGCGUGGUGGGAACGGUGGAGGACGGGAGGAUGCAGACGAUGCUGUCUGUCGCCUUCGGUGCUAAUAACUUGACGUUCACCGGAGCCAUUAAUGGAGACGUGUACGUGUGGCGGGAUCACUACCUGCUGAGGGUGGUGGCAAAGGCCCACACAGGUCCGGUCUUUACCAUGUACACCACGCUGAGAGACGGACUCAUCGUCACCGGUGGCAAAGAAAGGCCGACGAAGGAGGGCGGUGCAGUGAAGCUCUGGGAUCAGGAGAUGAAACGUUGUCGAGCGUUCCAGCUGGAGACGGGACAGCAGGUGGAGUGCGUCCGAUCCGUCUGCAGAGGCAAGGGUAAGAUCCUGGUGGGGACGAAAGACGGGGAAAUCAUUGAGGUUGGGGAGAAGAAUGCGGCGUCCAACAUACUGCUGGACAGUCAUGCUCGAGGAGGAAUCUGGGGUCUGACUGCUCAUCCGGCUAAAGAGCUCUGCAUCACCGCCAGCGACGACGCCACCAUCCGACUGUGGGACCUCGCUGACAAGAAACUGCUGAACAAGGUGUGUCUGGGCCACGCAGCCCGGUGUGUGAGCUACAGCGCAGACGGGGAGAUGCUGGCGGUGGGGAUGAAGAACGGCGAGUUUCUCCUCCUCCUCGCCAACUCGCUGAAGAUGUGGGCAAAGAAACGAGACCGCAGUGUCGCCAUUCAAGACAUCCGGUUCAGUCCGGACCGGCGGUUGUUGGCAGUCGGUUCGGUGGAGAACACGGUGGAUGUUUAUGACGUGAGUGGAGGACCGAGUCUGAACCGACUGGUUUACUGCAGCGACAUCCCAGCUUUCAUCCUGCAGCUCGACUUCUCUGCUGACAGCUGUUAUAUACAGGUGUCCACAGGAGCUUAUAAGCGGCAGGUGUUUGAGGUUCCUUCAGGGAAGUUGGUGAGCGACCAGACCAUCAUCGACAGAAUCACCUGGGCGACCUGGACCAGCAUCCUGGGAGAUGAAGUUUUGGGGAUUUGGCCACGAAACGCAGACAAAGCUGAAGUCAACUGUGCGUGUGUGUCUCACGCCGGCCUGAACAUCGCCACCGGCGACGACUUUGGACUGAUCAAACUGUUCGACUUCCCCUGCACAGAGAAGUUUGCCAAACACAAGCGCUACCUCGGCCACUCGGCUCAUGUGACCAACAUCCGCUUCUCGCACGAAGACAAACACGUGAUCAGCACAGGAGGAGACGACUGCAGUGUGUUUGUGUGGAAAUGCCUGUAAACACAGAUGUCAGCCUGUCUGGUGACGCUUUUAUCCAAAGCGCCUUCACAGCACCACAAUAAAUCCAGAGGGAAUCGAACCCACAACCCGAAACGUCUUUGUUAGACCGUGAGUGUCUUACGAAGGAAGAAGACUUGCUGCUGUAACACAAAGUCAGCGAUGAGACGUUUCGAUGGAUCACAUGACCUUGAACAAACCACCAAGAGACAUAAAGCCAAAACCAGAAGAAGCAAGGAAACGUUAGAUGAUUUUCGUUGGUCUGAACUGAAGCAGGGAAACAAACAUAUUCACAACUGCCCAGGUAGAAAGCAGCCAUGCUCACGUGACGUGGUGGUGAAGGAGAAGAUUUGUUGAUUUGACUUGUUGUCCUGCUCGGCUCUCUGUCCAUCUCCUUCUACCCGGAAGGCUUUUACAGUGUUGUUGCUUUACACCAUGACAAACAAACUGCACCUUCAGGUCAUUCAUUGAUCACAACAUCGUCUGUAGUCGCAGACAACAACGAGACAGAAGGUUCAACAAAAGAACAUUUUGGAUUUUCACAAAAAGGAAAAAGCAGAAAGCAUCUGAAGCAGCUCAGAGUUUCCUGCUGUCCAGGGCUCAGAUGUAUAAAACUUAGACAGAAAUAUGCAUGAAGUUGUGCGUAAUCGUUGUUGGUUUAACGAAGCUCUGUCCGACUCCCAACAUGAGCCUUACAAUUGUAUUUGACAGGAUGAGGGAAGAAAGAUUUGAAAUAAUGUUGAAGCUGCCCUUUAAUAUUUGGUUUACGAUAGCGCUCGUCAGACCUGUCAAUGUUUCGUCACGUCGUGGAGGUUCGCCGAACCCAGAGCAGCUUUUUACAAAACACCUGUACCAUCAGGAGUUCAUCAUAUGAGAACCAUUAUGGGUUGACAGUGAUAUCCCAAUCAUUAGAGGGCCUGAAAACAUAUUUUCUCCAUCAGCUUCUCCCUCUGAGUGCUGGCUCUGACUCUGUUUGAGAUAUUUCUGUGUUUUUCUCUGUGACCUUCUCGUUGGUAUGAAGGUAUACUAGAUUCUGUCUAAGGGUCCAAACACCGUUUAUAUAUCUGUCUCCUGGAUUCAGAAAGUUUGCUGCAUUCAGGUCACAUUGACAUUUAAAAGGAUGAAACCAAAAGUGAUGGGACCAUUUAAAGGACAAACUGCUGUUGGGAAUCAUGCGUCUGUACUGCACUGGGAUCACUGGGAGGAGACGCUGGACUGGGAGAAACGUUUGCUUUGUAAAAGAUCUGAUGCAGUUUCAUAUUUCUAGAAACUUCCUGGGGUUUGUCUGUAACUCAACAAAAAGAAACUUGACAUUUUGAUUCAAAGUCACUUUUCAUUUCAAAGAGCUUUUACUGUGUCUGUCGUUGGAUAUCAUCACACUUAAGUGCCUUUCUGGAACUUUCUACCUGUGUUUGUUUCUUUUCUUCUUUUCUUUGGAGACACAGUUGGGGGGCAUGUCAUAGGCUGUUCUAUUCUUUUCUUUCAAUCCCAUAAUUGAGCUUAUUUUGUACUUCGUCUGGUGCUACACUGAGAAUGUUCAAACCUUCAUUCAUCCAAAAUGGACACAAAAACAUUUUCUUUGCUGCUGCUUUUUUGUUUUUAUUCUUAAAGACAUAAAACAUCCAAAGCAUCGUGAUCGUGAAGCAACACAAGGACAUCCGAGGAUGUCAAGAGAAAUAUUUAUGGAAGUAUCUAAAUGUUAUUUAUGCCUAAUCUAAAGUGUGGAUGAGUUUACCGUGUCUGAACUGUUGAAUAUUAACUGUUGUGAAAAGUGUCAAGAGUCUGUUUGAAUAGACGAAAAAAAAAAAAGAAAAUCCAGAAUUUUACACACCUGAUUUGUUGACUCGUUCACCGCCGACACACUCUUCUUAAUGCCACUGAAGUUUAAUGAUGUGACACACCACAGCCUGAAAAAAUAUAUAUAUAGUUUUAUGAUUACAGCAGUCAGCUGACGGGAAUAUUUCUUUCCUGCUAAGGUCAGGGAAGAAACAAAGUUGAAAUAAAAGUGACUUCAUGUAACAGCGGGAAGAUUUUUAGCCCAAUAACUUUAAAUAGUUUCCUUGACUGAACAACUUGAAGUCUGAAACACUGACUGACACACGUCCCCUCUGGUUUGCCGUAGAAAAAAAAAAUGGAUGUCUUAAAAAAACGUUGUUGUUGUUGUGACGAUGAGCGUUACACACCGAGUUCCUGUAAUCUAGAAAAAGAAAACAUGUUUGACUAUAUUCGACUGUGCUGUUGAACAGUCCGACGUACAUGGUGUUUGUGCAGAGUGCAUGUGUGGUGUGUUUCUCCAUGACGGCUGCAGAUACUCGAUCAUAAACGACAAAAAAAUAAAUAAAGAAGAAGAAGAAGCCAAGGAACGUCCACAAAAAUAACUAAAUAACUAAAUAAAUGUCGUAGUUGUUGAAGAUGUAAAAAAUGCUGCACUGAGAUCCGUUUUUUGUUUUUGUAAAUGUUUUUUUUUUUUUCUGUGUGCAGCUCUUUUUUGUUUUCACAUGAUUUGUAUCAUACUGUACAUGGAAAUAUAAAUGAUGCUCAGAUGCAUGAAUUUAUUUUUAAACCAAAAGAUAUUUGUGGAUGAUAGACGAUGAUUUUAUGGUGUGAAUUAGGUUCACCGGUUGAUUUUUUUAUACCGAGGUGAUUGUGAUCAAAAGUGUGUGUGUGUGUGUGUGUGUGUGUGUGUGUACAAACAGAUUAAAUGAGACUCAUGCAAGAAA